AUGGGGAAGGGGACGGGGUGGGCGGGCGAGGGGCGUCUGGCACACUCAUUUGAGAGGUAUCCAGGAAAGGUUGCCCCCGAGGAGGAACGAAAGGAGACCCAGGAGGUCGCCCCCUUCACCCCGAGGAGGACGAGCGAGGACAGGAGUCAGGAGAUCCACAGGGGUCGCCCCCGUCCACCACCUGAGGAAGGGACGAAGAGGAGAACCAGGAGGUCCCCCGUACACCCUGAGGAGGACAAGGAGGAGAACCAGGACGGUCGCCCCCGUCACCCCCGAGGGGACGAGGAAGGAGACACAGGAGGUACCCCUGAGGAGGACGAGAGGAACCACGGAGGUCGCCCUUUCACCCCUGAGGAGGACGAGGAGGAGAAACCACGAGGUCGCCUUAAAACUCAUGUCACCCUGAAGGAGGAGGGAAGAGGAGCAACAGGAGGUCGCCCCCCGUCACUCUCUCCUGAGGAGGAACGAAGAGGCAGACCACAGGGGGUUCGCCCCCGUCACCCCCUGAGGCAGGACGAACGGAGAACCAAGGAGGUCGCCCCCGUCACCCCUGAGGAGGAGACGAGGGGGAAGAACAGGAGGUCGCACCCGUCACCCCCCGAGGAGGACGAGAGGAAAGAACCAGGAGGACGAACAAAGGAGAACCAGGAGUCGCCCCCGUCACCCCUGAGGACGGAACGGGGAGGAGAACCAGGAGGUCGCCCCGUCACCACCCGAGGAGGACCGAGAGGCGACACAGGAGGUCACCCCAAGAAUAACGAGGAGACCCAGGAGGUCGCCCCCGAGGAGGACGAAGAGGAGAACCAGGAGGUGGACGAAAAGGAGAACCAGGAGGACGCCCCCGUUACCCAGGAGGAGGACGAAGAGGAGACCCAGGGGGUCGCCCCCGUCACCCCUGAGGAGGACAUAAAGGAGAACCAGGAGGUCGCCCCCGUCAUUCCCGAGGUGGACGAAAAGGAGAACCAGGAGGACGCCCCGUUACCGCCAGGAGGAGGAACGCAAAGAGGAGACCCAGGGGGUACGCCCCCUUUCACCCUGAGGAGUGACGAAGAGGAAGAACAGCCAGGGGGUCGCCCCCGUCACGCUGAGAGAAGGAGGAGGAGAGAUAACCCAGGAGGUCGCCCCCGUCCAUUCCCGGGAGGACGAAAAGGAAGAACCAAGGAGGACGCCCCCAUUACCCAGGAGGCGAGACGAAGAGGAGACACAGGAGGACCUAGAGGAGAACCAGGGAAGUCGCCCUCGUUACCCAGAGGAGGACGAGGAGGAGAACAGGAGGUCGCCCCCGUCAUUCCCGAGGAGACGAAAAGAAACCAGGAGACCCCCCUUACCCAGGAGGAGGACGAGGAGGUAGACACAGAGGUUCCCCCCGUCACCCCUGAGAGGAGGACGAGAGGAGAACCAGGAGUCGCCCUCGUCACCCCUGAGGAGACGGAGGAACCAGACGGUCGCCCCCGUCAUUCAGAGGACGAAAAGGAGAACCAGGAGGACGCCACCCCAUUAACCCAGGAGGAGACGACGAGGGGGACGACACAGAGUCUCCCUCCGUCACCCCUGUCCUGGGAGAGGACGACGGAGGAGACAAGAUACCCAAGGUCGCCCCCGUCACCCCUGAGGAGACGAGGAGGAGAACCAGAGUCCCCCCUUCCAGAGGAGGACGAAAAAGGAGAACCAGGAGGACCCCCCAUUACCAGAGGAGGACGAGGAGACACAGUGAGGUUGCCCCCGUCAACCCCUGAGUGA